AUCCAUAUCAUCAUGCACAACGACUUCACCUCUUAUGACAGUGACCUCCUCGCCAAGCUCCAAGGCGCCCAGGCUUGUGUCUGGGCAUUAAGAAUCAGCCAGACCAAAGUCAACAAAGAGUCAGUCUUGUCUCACGGCACAAGCGCUUCACGCCUUCGUUGCAUGACGAGUGAUUAUCCACUAAACGCAAAGACCAUAUUAGGGGCUACAUCACAAUCACAAAGACCUUCCCGCUGGCCGAGAUGCAAAAGCAAAACCCUUCGUCCCUGCGGGCCACCACCGUCCGGGCAAGCCUUGUCGACUGGAUUGGUCACGAGGAAAUCAAGCCCUACUUCCCCGAUUUUGGACUGCUCAUAAAUGUGGCGGGCAGUAUUCUUAUGCCAGUGGCCAGGCGUCCGGCGAGGAGCAAGUGGUGCACGACAGAACCGCUUGGCCGGUUCCUGACGGGAAUGGCCAUGGGCGUGUGGGAUGGUGCUUUGGAAGGGGAGGGCGUCGAGCGACUGCCGGGUGGUUUUACGGUUGUGGAGAACCCGGGGUUUAGGAGGAUAAUGGGAUUGGAUGCUGUGGACGGGCAGUGAAGCAAGCUCUGGUAUUGCACUAGGUCACGAAGAGGCUGAGAGGU